CCUGCAUCCGGGCCUGGUUGCGCACGUUCGGAAGGCUGGCCGGAGGCAUGGAGGUCUCUGGCGGGCCUCAGGCGAUCUCGAGCUGUUCGUCGUCCACCCGCGACUGCUUGCAGAUCUCGGUGUCCGAGGAGCUGCUGACGGCAGGGAGCGACAGCCGCGGAGGAAUAUGGGACAAGUUGCUCAUCAACUCCAAGCCUAAUUCCAGGAAGAACUCCACUCUUCAAACAGUUCGGAUAGAGAGGAGUCCCUUAUUGGACCAAGUACAGACCUUUCUUCCACAGAUGGCCCAGGCAAAUGAGAAGCUAAGAAAAGACAUGUCAGCCGCACCACCUGGUCGUUUCAAUAUUGAAAACAUUGAUGGGACUCUUGGAAAAGUUAUACAAAUGGAUGUGGCCUUGUUUGAGAUGAAUCAGUCAGACUCAAAAGAAGAAGACAGUUCAGAAGAGAGUUCACAGGACAGUUCAGAGGACAGUUCAGAAUCUGAGGCUGAAGAUGACAGCAUCCCCGGUGAAGUCACCAUAGAUAACAUUAAGCUUCCUAAUUCGGAAGCUGGGAAAGGCAAGAUUGAAGUUUUGGACAGUCCAGGUAGUAAAAAAAAGGAAAUAGUGGAAUAAAAGAUCCAAAAAGAAACAGGUGA